AUGGCGAAGAACCCCAAGGCGGCCGACAGCCGCCGUGGCUGUUCUCCCACAAGAAGGCCCCAACCGCGCCGCGCUAAGGCGGCGCCGGCAGCCUCCUCCGCUCCUGACAUCGAAGACCUGGCUCCCGCAGUGCCUGCAGCCGCACCCGCCGCGCUGCGCGCGCAGCUGCUCCGGUGGUAUGACGCGCACCGUCGGGACCUGCCGUGGCGAUGCGCAAGCGGCGGCGAGGAAGAGAGGGCGUACGCGGUGUGGGUGUCGGAGGUGAUGCUGCAGCAGACGCGGGUGCCCGUGGUCGUCGGUUACUACGAGCGGUGGAUGGCGCGGUGGCCCACCGUGCGAAGCCUCGCCGCCGCUACGCAGGAGGAGGUGAACGAGAUGUGGGCGGGUCUUGGCUACUACCGUAGGGCUCGAUUUCUGCUGGAGGGAGCAAAGCAGAUCAUUGAAAAGGGGGUGUUUCCUCGCACGGCGUCAGCCCUCCGUGAGGUUCGUGGUAUUGGGGAUUACACAGCUGGAGCAAUUGCUUCAAUUGCCUUCAACAAGGUUGUCCCAGUUGUGGAUGGAAAUGUUGUACGAGUGAUCAGCAGGCUUUAUGCCAUUGCUGACAACCCAAAGGAAUCCUCAACAGUGAAGAGAUUCUGGGAGCUUGCAGAUCAGAUGGUUGAUCCUCUGAGACCAGGAGACUUCAACCAAGCAAUGAUGGAAUUAGGAGCAACAUUAUGUAGCAAGACAAAGCCUGGUUGCUCUGAAUGCCCAAUCUCUAGCCACUGCCAAGCACUUGCACUUUCCCAUGAAAAUUCAUCAGUCCAAGUUAUGGACUUCCCACGAGUGGUUCCAAAGGCCAAACCUCGGAGAGAUUUCGCUGCUGUUUGUGUCGUUCAGAUUGCACAAGGCUUGGAGGAAGAGGCACCAGAUGCAAAGGACAAUGACAAUCUCUUUCUGCUGAUCAAGAGACCAGAGGAGGGCCUGCUUGCGGGGCUCUGGGAGUUCCCAUUGAUCCUUGUGGAUGAAGGGAAGACCGAUUUUCAGAACAGGAGGAAAGCAAUGGACAAGUAUUUGUCGAAGUUGCUUAGCAUCGACGUGGGACAGAGAUCUGAUGUGAUCUUCCGGGAGGAUGUUGGUGAGCAUGUCCACAUUUUCUCCCACAUUCGCCUGACAAUGCAUGUGGAGCUGAUGAUUAUUAAUCUCAAAGAUGGUGUGGAUCGACUAUGCAAAAAGGGAGCUGAUAGCACAAAGUUGAAACUUGUCAACGAAUCCUCCAUGGAGUCCAUGGGAUUAACAUCUGGUAUUCGGAAGGUGUACAACAUGGUCAGGGCUUUCAAGGAGAAAAGGCUCGCUGUAUCUGAGAAAGGUCAUGUACCCACGAGGAAAAGGACUAGACGGUUAAAGCAGUAA